CUCUCCUCUACUUUAUACCCUUUGCUUAGCCAUCUCUAACUCUUCUUCUCUUUCUCAUCUUUUCCCCCCAUCCCUUCACAACCGCGAGGCAUGUUCGCGGCUUCGAGCAGAACCCGUCUCUCCACUCUCCCCCGGACCCGUCUCUCCCCCGCCAACUCGCUCCUCGCCAGAUCUGCCGUCACACCCAUAAUGGCACCCCGUCGCAAAGCAUCUUCGGUCCCUGAGGGCUACAAAGAAGAUCUCUCCAAAGGCAAUAUGCUCAGAUUCGAAGACUCCCUCCCCCGCCUGCCGGUACCCUCUCUGGAAGAAACGGGCCGUCGCUACCUCAAGUCCGUCCACGCGCUGGUCUCCGAGGCCGAAUAUGAGCGCACCAAGGAGGCCGUCGACGCCUUUGUUCGCCCGGGUGGUGAGGGUGAGCCCCUGCAGGAAAGGUUGCUCGCCCGCGCCGCCGACCCCAAGGUGAAGAACUGGCUUCUUGAAUGGUGGAAUCACGCCGCAUACCUGGGCUACCGGGACCCUGUCAUCCCCUACGUUUCGUACUUCUACUCCUACCGCGACGAUCGCGCCCGGCGGGACCCCGCCAAGCGCGCCGCCUCGGUUGCUACCGCCGCUCUCGAAUUCAAGCGCCAGGUGGACGAUGGCUCCUUGGAGCCUGAAUACAUGCGCGGCCAGCCCAUGGCUAUGAGCACCUACCAGUACAUGUUCAACUGCUGCCGUAUCCCCGGUGACAGUGUCGAUUACCCCCAGAAGUUCCCGGCUCAGGACAACGAGCACAUUGUGGUCGUGCGCAAGAACCAAUUUUUCAAGGUACCUUUGACCGUCAACGGCAAGCUCCUGAACAACUCUGAGCUGCAGCGCCAGAUUGAGCGCAUCUACGAGGUUGCCCAGCCCGCUCCGGCGGUCGGCGUCUUGACCGUCGCUAACCGUGACCUGUGGGCCGACGCACGGAAGAAGCUGCUGGCUGCGCACCCGGCCAAUGAGCAGGCAUUGCGGGACAUCGAGUCGAGCGGGUUCCUUGUCUGUCUGGAUAAUGCCACUCCCGUCACACUGGAGGAGCGUGCUCACCAGUAUUGGCACGGAGAUGGUACCAACCGCUGGUUCGACAAGCCGCUGCAGUUCAUCAUCAAUGACAAUGGCACCGCUGGGUUCAUGGGCGAGCACAGCAUGAUGGACGGCAGCCCCACCCACCGCCUGAACGACCACUUGAACAACCUCAUCUUCAACCACAAGAUCGACCUCUCCGAGCAGCCGGUGCGGUCCGACCUGCCCGACCCUCGUCCCAUCACCUUCCACCUGGACGGCCCUGUGCUGGAGGCCAUUGAUGCCGCCAACAAGGAGCACCGCCAGCAGAUCUCAUCGCACGAGCUCCGGGUCCAGGCCUACCAGGGCUACGGCAAGGGUCUCAUUAAGAAGUUCAAGUGCAGUCCGGAUGCGUACGUGCAGAUGAUCAUUCAGCUCGCUUAUUUCAAGAUGUACGGCAAGAACCGCCCGACUUACGAGUCUGCCUCGACCCGCAAGUUCCAGGAAGGCCGCACAGAGACCAUCCGCACGGUGUCGGAUGAGAGCGUUGCUUUCUGCAAGGCCAUCAGCGACCCUGCCGUCCCCCGCGAGGAGGCUGUCCGUCUACUCCGCUCAGCACUGGCCGCCCACACGAAGUACACGGCGGAAGCCAGCGAUGGCCGUGGUGUGGACCGCCACCUGUUCGGUCUGAAGAAGCUGCUGCGUGAGGGUGAGAAACUGCCUGCUCUCUAUGAAGACCCCGCAUUUGCGUACAGUAGCUCGUGGUAUCUAUCAACCAGCCAGCUGAGCUCGGAGUUCUUCAACGGCUACGGAUGGAGUCAAGUGAUUGAUGACGGAUUCGGCAUCGCUUAUAUGAUUAACGAGAACAGCUUGAACUUCAACAUUGUGUGCAAGCGCCUUGGCGCAGAGCGCAUGAGCUACUAUUUGAACGAGGCGGCAUCUGAUAUGAGAGACAUGCUGAUGCCCGACUUGGCUGCCCAGAGCGAGAAGGCCAAGAUGUAAGAUAGAU